AUGAUGUUUGCUUCGGUAAUACUAGUUUCUUUGGUGCUUUCACGAGAUGCUCUGAAAGGUCUACUCACCAAUAAUAUUUCGUCGUCUACUGGUGUGCCAGUAAGAUAUGUGGACGAGGCUCUGGACCGUGGUUACAUGCGUUGGGCAAAUCUUACGCAGCAUCAAUGUGCUGCUAUUUACAUUUUCUCGGUGGAUUCUCCAUGUUAUAGGCUGGUCAAUAUCGCAUUGAGAACAUUAAACGAAACGGCACUAAAGCCCUGGGUAGCUUAUCUCAAGCUGUUACAUGAAGGGGUCGACCUGAUAUCCCCGGAAAAAAUAGAAUUAUGUCGUGGCGAUUCAUAUGAUUUAUAUCUUUCACACGACAAAAAUUCGAUUGUUUACUUGCCAUCUUUAUCAUACAGUGUAAAACCAGAGAUAUGUGAGAUGUUUUCUGGAUUUCCACGCGAAGAUUGCACAAUACUCAAGGUGAAAGCAAUGUCUGCAAGAGAUAUACGACCUUACUCAACAUUUGGUGGAACAGAGGGUGAAUACAUAAUUUUGCCUGGUGCAAAGGUGAAGAUAGUGGAUAUUAUCCAGCGAACAAAUACUGCUUGUCGCACGGUUGUAGUAGAAGAACUCCCGUUUCAGUCGUCGCACUCAAUAGAUGUAACAAAUCUUGGAAAUCAGAUAAGUCCUGAACAGGAUAAAUACUACGAUAAUUUUAUGCGGAGCUAUUAUAAACGAGCGAUAUUGACACGCCUUAACGUUAGAUCCUUGGACAUCAGCGUCAUCGGCGGUUCCGACAAUCAAUUACUUUCCUGGCCAAUUAUUUUGUCCGUUAGCGGUAAAGUGCCUGUCACAAGCACUCAACUCGUUGGUCGCAUUCUUAUUGGCAUUGAUGAGCAUGCCACACGUGGUCUUACUGCCAAAGAAAUUAAAACGCUCUUAAAGAACACUAAAGCGAACGCCGUGGGCCAAUGGAUAAGCAUAUACACUAUUGAUGCUGACUUUCCUUAA